CACACGAGGCCACGAAACACUCCCAACUCUGCAUGUUUUAGCCUUUUUAAAGUCCUAGAAACCAACUGAUACUGAUUAAAAACCAAACAAAAAAACUACAGGCCUCAGAAAAAAUACACUAUUUUGCACACAAAGGCCAUCCAUAGGCCUCAGAUCUAGAACUCUUGCUUUAAAGUUGCUUCUCCAAUCUCGAUCCAAAACAUUGGCUGAGUUAUGCUGGAAAAGAAUGCGAAGGGUACGGGGCUUGAGUUCCAGUUGCGUAAAACCGUUCGGGCUUUCAGCAACUUCUCGAGAGGUUAACACCUUUAAGGAGAGACUUUGCUCCCUGUCGAUGCCGUGGCUGAACAAAUGCCUCUCUCAACUGCUACAGACCAAAGUCUACGCUUUAAAGAUAGAGAAGCCGUUCUGUCAAAGUGAAAACAGAAGCGGUAGGAAGCCGCCCCCCUUUCUUUCAAGCACAGAGAUCCAGAAAGACGCCCAGGAGCUCCCGAAAAAAACGUUGCUGAUUAGAGCUGCCGGGUCAGAAACAGCUGUGAGACACUGAAGUCUGCACUGUUGUAAUUAUUCAGUAUGUUCCCACUGACUGAGGAAAACAAGCAUGUGGCCCGGUUGUUGCUCAAUACUGGUACUUGUCCAAGAUGUAUCUUCAGAUUCUGUGGUGUGGAUUUUCAUGCACCUUACAAACUUCCAUACAAGGAGUUGCUCAAUGAACUACAGAAAUUUCUGGAAACUGAAAAAGAUGAAUUAAUUUUGGAAGUUAUGAAUCCACCUCCCAAGAAAAUUCGACUGCAAGAACUGGAAGAUAGUAUUGAUAAUCUAAGUCAAAAUGGAGAGGGAAGGAUCUCUGUUAGUCAAGAUGGAAGCAUUGCUUCCAAGAACUCAAAUUUAAAUGUAUGUAAUGUAUGCCUAGGAAUUCUUCAAGAAUUCUGUGAGAGAGAUUUCAUUAAAAAGGUGUGCCAAAAGGUUGAGGCCUCUGGGUUUGAAUUCACCAGCUUGGUAUUUUCAGUCUCCUUCCCACCACAGCUAUCUGUAAGAGAGCAUGCUGCAUGGUUGCUGGUAAAACAGGAAAUGGGAAAGCAGAGUCUGUCGCUGGGAAGAGAUGACAUAGUUCAGCUAAAAGAAGCCUACAAAUGGAUAACUCACCCCCUGUUUUCAGAGGAACUGGGUGUUCCCAUUGAUGGAAAGAGCUUGUUUGAAGUGAGUGUGGUCUUUGCUCACCCAGAAACAGUUGAGGAUUGCCACUUCCUAGCUGCGAUAUGCCCAGAUUGUUUUAAGCCAGCCAAAAACAAACAGUCUGUAUUCACUAGAAUGGCAGUUAUGAAAGCCUUGAAUAAGAUAAAAGAAGAGGAUUUCCUUAAGCAGUUUCCUUGUCCUCCAAACUCACCAAAGGCUGUAUGCGCUGUUCUUGAAAUUGAAUGUGCUCAUGGUGCUGUUUUUGUGGCUGGGAGAUAUAAUAAAUACUCCAGGAAUCUACCACAAACUCCUUGGAUAAUUGAUGGAGAAAGGAAGCUGGAAUCUUCAGUGGAAGAAUUAAUUUCAGAUCAUCUGUUGGCAGUAUUCAAAGCAGAGAGUUUUAAUUUUUCAUCCUCUGGAAGAGAAGAUGUAGAUGUGAGAACAUUAGGAAAUGGAAGGCCCUUUGCAAUUGAGCUGGUGAAUCCUCAUAGAGUACAUUUCACUUCACAAGAAAUUAAGGAACUUCAGCAGAAAAUUAAUAACUCAUCUAACAAAAUCCAAGUACGUGACUUGCAGCUUGUCACAAGAGAGGCAAUAGGACAUAUGAAAGAAGGUGAAGAAGAAAAGACAAAGACCUACAGUGCCUUAAUUUGGACAAAUAAAGCAAUACAGAAGAAAGACAUUGAAUUCCUAAAUGACAUAAAGGACUUAAAGAUCGACCAGAAAACACCUUUGCGCGUCCUUCACCGAAGGCCCCUGGCUGUGCGAGCUCGUGUCAUUCACUCCAUGGAGACACAGUAUGUGGAUGAGCAUCACUUCCGCCUCCACUUGAAAACUCAGGCCGGCACCUACAUUAAAGAGUUUGUACAUGGAGACUUCGGGAGAACCAAGCCAAACAUUGGGUCCCUGAUGAAUGUGACUGCAGACAUUCUUGAGCUGGAUGUUGAGUCUGUAGAUGUUGACUGGCCACCUGCUCUGGAUGACUAGCUUUCAAAUUUGGAGACAAAGAGUAUGGUUUUCCUGGCAUGAUGUGGACAUCCAUGGAGCACAUGCCGUAAAAUGGCUGUUUACCCACCAUAGCGGUGUCUUGGAAACCAUUUGGAUCAUGUUGAUCUAUAUAAUUGUUAAUUUGUUGUAACAUCUCAGGAUCUAUAUUUGUGUAUAUUUUGUGUUAAAUUGUUCCAAGGAUGUCUUAGGAUUUUUCUCAUUCCCUCUUUCACCCCCACAAACCAAACUAUGAAUAAUGAAAUAAUUCUCCUUAAUUCUUUCAUUUAGAGAGGUGCACAAACAGGACACAUUCUCUGUUAACCUAAGAAGCUGUAAUUUCAGCAAGAUUUCCCUCCACAAGAGAUAUACCACCUUUAAAAUCAUGUUCUAAUUUUUUUAAAUUAUCUAUAUAAAAGUUAUAUCUAGAUUUAUGCAGCAUAAUAUCCUAUAAUAUUCUAAGAUUGCAAAUGCAAAUCUGACAUUAUUAUUUUUCCCAGGAAGCCUCAAACAAGCUAUUACCAAUGAAGUACUUUUGGCUGUGAUUUGUCAUAAAUCUUAACCGAACUAUGAAUAAUGAAAUAAUUCUCAUUAAUACUUUCAUUAAGAAUUUUGACAAUCUAAAAUUGUCAAUAUAUUUUUCCUGUGGAGGGAAAGUAAAACUGUAGGAACCAAGGCAUGCCAUGGUAGGAGCCUUUCAUAAAUCUUUUAAAUAAGGAGAAACAAGUGCCUUUAAUAACUUCAAUCCCAGGGUUAAGAAUUUGAAAAAUUGAGAUUGCUAAACAAAGAUGAACUGAUAUUAUUUCAGAAUGCUUCAAUGUAUUAUCCAAUUAUAAACAUUUUAAUAAUAUCUUAUUAAAGUAGAUAGGAUAUUGUCUCCAUUUUAUAAAUGUGGAAACCAAAGACUAGAAGUUAAAUGACUUAUCCAAAAUUGUUAGCUCCUUCUAUAUUGAGGACUAGAACUGAAGUGUCUUGGUCUCUAGGGUCUUUCUAAUAAGCCCUAUUACUGAGCACCAGUUUGUGUGAAGGGGCAGCUAUGGAUGCCAUUUAAACUCAUGUAACUGAUAAUUAACUUUUGGAAUGUAGUUACCAAAUCAAAGAGCUUACCAAAAAAUAACCCAAGACUAUUUAAUACAAUCUUAUAUAGUUACCAUUUGUUAGUAAGUUAAACCUCAGUUGGUAUUAUGCAGAGGAAAAACAUUAAGCUAAACCUAAAAAAAAUGAAUGGGUCAUUAAGUUUCAGAAAGGAGCCUCAUUACAAUUUCAGAUUUGAGUAUAAUUUCCAUCACCCUAAUUCAACUAUUUGAGCUUUUUUUAAGAAUACAUGUGACUUGACUAGUAUUAGAUUACUCACCGUUUCCCAUCUCUAUAUUAAACAUAAAUCACAGAUACCAAGAUUCACUUUAGAUAUGAGGAAAAUGGUUUUAAUGGACACAAAGGAGUCAGCCACGUUGGAACCAACAUAGUUUCAUACCACGUUGAAACCAUGUGUUUGAUAUGCGAAUAACAGCAAAUAAUUUUUUCACUAUUGUCAAUGCCAAUGCACUGAAAGGCCCAGAAAAUGAGAAAAGGAUAACAAACUUUUGAUAAAAAGGUAAGAAUUUCUGUGUGGAUGUUCCUCAGUUCCUGGGAAAAUUUUGCUACAAAAGAGAUUUAAAUAAUUUAGGAGGCAGUCUUUUGCAUGGUAUUUUUGGCUUAGCUUUGAAUCCAGUGGACCUGUAAUAUGUAAGAAUGAAGAAUGUGCUUAGCAAACUGAAAUGAGAAGACUUGUAUUUCUUAAAUUUCUAUUCCUGAGAUUAUACAAAAUUUCAAGCAAAGAGUAAGCAUUAGCUUUAAAUACUUCUUCCAAAUGUUCCUAGAAUUUUGAGACAAAGAUUGUUAAAAAUUAAUGUAUGUCUUUGUUUCAGGCAGAACUGGGAAUACUAAGUAGUGAGAGUACUGUAGUUUCCCUUUUGCCUACAUAAAAGCAUUUUAAAAUUAGUUUUAUGAUUUCUUUGUAAGCUUUAUUUAAAUUCAAAGUCUUUUUCAUAACACUUAGAGAAAGAGCCCUUUGUACUUCUUAGUAUCUCUUUGUCCCAAAUAUAGUCUGUGGUUUAUUUUAGGAAAAACAUCAACUCUGAAUACCUGGAAAAGUCAAGAGAAAAUAAAGUUGGUAAAAUGAAAAAUGUCCAAGUAAGAUAACCGGUUACAUUUGCAAGUUAUGUGAAGUAAAUUUAGAAGUUAAAUUUCCAUUUUGUAAGAGAAAAACAUCUUACUUGGCAAAUCUUUUCUUUUGGAGCUAAUUAUUCUUUGAUUUUUAAGUCCACAUAAGAGAAUGAACUUUGAUAUCAGCUUUUCUGAUUUUUUAACAAAGGCUACCCUUGUUUAUUACGAAAAAUAUUACUUUUAUGAUUCUAUUUUGAAUUUUUAAAUUUUGAAAUAAUUCUAAACUUACAGGAAAAGUUGCAAGAAAAGCACAAAGAACCUUUUUCCCUGAACCAUGGAGCCAGUGAUGCCUCAUGAUCUUAAAGGCUUCAGUGUGUAAUUUCUACAAACAAGGACAUUCUUUUACUUAACCACAACACAGUGAUCAAAACCAGGAAAUUAACACUGAUAUGUUACCAUCUAACCCACGGACCCCGUUCAAGUUGCCAGUUGUCCCAUCAAUGUCCUUCAUAGUCAAGUGCUCACAUUGCAUUCCGUUAUGUCUCUUUAGUCUCUAUCACUCUUAAAAGUUUGUCUUUCUUGACUUUAAUUACUUUAACAUUUUUGAAUACUUCAGGUCAGUUAUUUUGUAGACUGUUCCUCAAAGAACAGGGUUCUUUGGGUUUGCCUGAUGUUUCAUUUUUAUUAGAUUCAGAUUGUACCUUUUUGGCAAGAACACCACAAAAAAGAGAUUGUCUUCUUGCAUCUUAUCAGGUGUCACACAGUUUUGAUUUGUCCAGUUGCUGGUUGGGGCUUUGGUCAAUUGAUUAGGUAUUAUCACUAGGCUUCUCCACUUUUAUGGUUAUUCUUUUUUCCCCUUUUAAUUAAUAAGUAUCUUGUAGAGAGAUCAUCCAACUUUCACUCACUAGUUUUAGCAUCCAUUGAAGAUUUUCACCUGAAUCAAUCAGUACCACAAUGAUUGCCAAAUGCAGAUUUUCUAAUUCCAUCGUUCCAUUUACAUUAGUUGGUUGGCAUUACCCUAAAAGGUAGAGCUUUCCCUUCUCUCCAAUUUAUUCAUUGAUUUAUAUCGUGGACUUGUGGCUUAUUUUAUUUGAGAAGUUGUAAGUUGUUCAUUUGGCCAGUGGCGGCCCCUUCAAGCUGGCUUCUGUGUCCUUUGGUAUGUCCCCAUCAUUCUUGGAGCAUGUUCUUACUUUCUAAUACAAAAAGACAUUCCAUGCUCAUCUUUGUAUUUCCUCCGCACUAACUCUGCAAGGGGCUUUUUCUCUAAGAUCUGGUCUCUUUUAGCAGAAAAUCGUAUUUAGAAACCAAGAUCUGAGCAGUAGGUAUGCUCAUUGUUUGGUGCCAUUGCUGUUCCCAAGCCCUCUCAUGGAGGAACAAAGCUAGGGAACAGACAUGAAUGCAUGUGCAUGCACACACACACACACCCCACUCAUACACACACACCUGUACAUCUCUGUAUCUACACAUACUGAAAGCUGUAAGAGUUUAUACCAGUACUUCCAAUUCCAACCUUAUUCUAGUUUUCACCCUUUCCAAAUUUGUAAUUCUCUUCUCUGACUAUAAGAAAUUUGGCUCCUGCUCUUUCCCUGCUGCCACCGAGUUGUAUAGAGGUGGAGUCUUGGGUGCAUUCAAGAUUCGGCUUCACUUGUAACCCACUGCCAUGGCCAAGGAAGGCAGUGCUGCUGGAGGUGUAAUGGACAUUAAUACUGUUUUACAGGAGGUGCUGAAGACUGCCCUCAUCCAUGAUGGCCUAGCAUGUGAAAUUUGCAAAGCUGCCAAAGCCUCUGACAAGUGCCAAGCCCAUCUUUGUGUGCUGUGUGUGCUUGCAUCCAACUGUGAUGAGCCUAUGUAUGUCAAGUUGGUGGAGGCCCUUUGUGCUGAACACCAAAUCAACCUAAUUAAGGUUGAUGACAAGAAACUAGAGGAAUGGGUAGGCCUCUGUAAAAUUGACAGAGAGGGGAAACCCCGUAAAGCGGUUGGUUGAAGUUGUGUAGUAGUUAAGAACUAUGGCAAGGAGUCUCAGGCCAAGGAUGUCAUUGAAGAGUACUUCAAAUGCAAGAAAUGAACAAAUAAAUCUUUGGCACACACACACACACACACACACACA